AUGGAAAACGUUUAUAUGGAGGGUGAUUCCGCUGAUGAAAAAUUAUGUUAUGUAGAAUGUUCACAGGAGCAUCAUAAAACAGAUUCACGUCCUCAGGAAUCAUUACAACCCAAAGAAGGCGAUGAUAAAGCUGAAAAUACGCAUCAAAUAACGUACACCAGCGGUCGGGAUAAACCUAAAGUUAAGGCUGGAGGAAGGUUUGACCAGGUAAUUAGAGACGAUGAAAAGACUCAACGCUUAAAAUUUGAUGAUCGUAACGUCAACAUUCCCCAUUUGUUACAGUCUGCUCUAGAAUACAAUGGUGGGGCCAUAAUUGCCAUGGCCGGAAAAAAUUGUGUAGCUAUCGCUGCUGACAAACGUCUUGGUGUUCAAUUGAUGACA